AUGGCGAGCUACCGCUUCCUUGUCCAGAAGCUAUCCAGAUUCUUCGUGGGCUGUGAGUUCCUCCACGUCCCACGCGGAGAGAAUGAAACGGCCGACACACUCGCAAAGAUCGCCUCGUCCCGGCAGUCCAUUCCGUCCGCCGUCUCCCUCGAGCAUCUGCACAAGCUGUCCAUCAAGCUGUUUUCGGACUCCGAGUCCAUCCAUGUCCCAGACGACCCGGCCGUGCCUCAACCCGGCCCGGGGACUGCUCCACCCGACCCGGCCGCGCCACAACCCGGCCCGGGGACUGCUCCAAUCGACCCGGCCGCGCUUCGACUCGGUCCGGGGACUGCUCCAGCCAGCCCGGCCACACACCAACCCGGCCCAAGGGCCACUGAACCCGGCUCGGGGGCUGCCACCCCGGAACCCAUCGUGAUGGCUGUCCUCGCCGGGGUCACGGCACCAUCCUGGGUCCUGCCCAUCUCGGAGUUCCUGGAAAACGAGGUCCUUCCCAUGGACGAGACCGAAGCCCGACAAGUGCAGCGCCGAGCGUCCGCCUACAUCAUCGUCAACAACGAGCUCGUCAAGCGCACCUACACCGGCGUGUUCCAACAUUGCGUCGAGCAGGACAAGGGCAUUGAGAUCCUCCUCGACAUACACCAGGAGUCGCGUUUCCUCAAGUGUGAGGGGUGCCAACGCUUCAGGAAGCGCAUCCACCAGCCGGCGUCCGCACUCCGGACCAUCCCGAUCGCCUGGCCCUUCGUGGUCUGGGGACUCGACAUGUUCACCAAGUGGAUCGAAGCAAGGCCAAUCAAGGAGCUGGACAGUCCAACGGCCGUUCGAUUUAUCAAGGACAUCGCGGUGUGCUACGGCAUGCCGAACAACAUCAUCACGGGCAACGGCACCAACUACGCCAAGGGCGCGCUCGCGUAG